UACACCCUAGUACACUUUAUUUACUCAGGUAAACGUAGAGCUUCCCGGCGUGGCGACCAGUGUCAGCAGGAAAGAAUAUGGCAACAAGCAGCGGCGAACACUCAGCAGUGACCAACUUCAGAAAAUAUCUUCGCAUCAAAUCAAUUCAACCAAAUGUAGACUAUGAUGGUUGUUUGUCAUUUCUGAAGAAUCAAGCUACUGAAAUAGGACUUGACUAUGAGGUGUUUGAGGUUCUUCCAAAGAAGCCAAUUGUUGUGUUAACCUGGAAAGGACAAAACCCAAGUUUGUCAUCCAUUCUUCUCAGUUCCCAUAUGGAUGUUGUUCCAGUAUUUCCAGAUAAAUGGAAAUUUGAGCCAUUCAGUGCAGAAAAGACAGAGAAUGGAGAUAUAUAUGCCAGGGGUUCACAGGAUAUGAAAUGUGUUGGAAUACAAUAUCUUGAAGCUAUCCGGCGCCUGAAGGCUGAAGGAAAAUCUUGUCUUCGGAAUAUUUAUUUGUCAUUUUCAUCAGAUGAAGAGAUUGGUUCUGGUCCAUGGAUCGAGUUUCUAAAACGAAAAGAGUUUUCCCAGAUGAAUGUUGGUUUUGCACUUGAUGAGGGAAUUGCCAACCCAGGUGAUGAAUUCCGAAUUUUCUAUGCUGAGAGACAAGUUUGGUGGGUGAGAGUCACAUGUUCUGGCCAGCCAGGUCAUGGGUCACAGAUACUGAAAAACACAGCAGGGAUGAAAUUGCGAAAUGUCAUCAACAGUUUUCUUGAUUUCAGAACAAAAGAAGAAAACAGACUAAACUCUGAUGAGAAGCUGACUCUUGGCGAUGUUACGACAGUGAACCUAACCAUGCUGGAGGGUGGCAUCCAGUAUAAUGUUGUUCCUGAUAAACUUUCAGUCGGGUUUGAUAUUCGCAUUCCUCCUACUGCCGAUUUGAAAGCGUUUGAGUCGACCAUUAAAACUUGGUGUCAGGAGGCAGGAGAAGAAGUGACAUAUGAAUUUGUUCAGAAACACGAAGGUCAAGAUAUUACAUCUACAGACAAGAAUGAUCCUUGGUGGUCGGCCUUCAGUUCUACAAUGGAGGCACUAGGACAAAAAAUAGUGAAAGAAAUAUUUCCGGCUGGAACUGACAGCAAACACACCCGGAAGUGUGGAAUACCAGCCAUUGGUUUCUCACCAAUGAACAAGACCCCGAUUCUGUUGCAUGACCACAAUGAAUAUCUGAAUGAGAAGAUUUUUCUGAAGGGGAUAGAUGUAUAUUAUGCCUUAAUUCCAGCUCUGGCUAAUGUCGCUCAGUAGAGGUUAUUUUCUUUGCCCUUGGCCCAUGUGUAUCUGUUAAAUCAAACCUUCUUCACUGAUUAUGCUAUAAUAUGGAGAAAUGUAUUUUUAUUCAAAUUGAGUGUGUCCAGAACAUGUAUACCUAGAUGCCUUGUUAAUCAGAACAGUAUGAUGUUGUUUUUAACAUCUUUCUUGAAUCACAAUUUUUUUUAUAUUUACAUGGGAAUCACAUGUUUUAUAUGUAACUUACUGUUGUUGAACAUUAUUAUUAAUGAAGAAACGUUCAUGUAAUAUUCUAUAAAAUGGUCUGUUUCGUGUGUUGAUCACAAACAUUUCCCUUUGAAUUUACAAGCAUUCUCUGGAUCACGAUGUUGAACUUGUUCAGGGCUCUACAUUAAGUCAACAUUAACUUGUCCUUCAAGACCAGCAUAUUUCAAGUUUUAUGUAUUCCAUUAUGAUCUGAAAUGUGCUUGUUCCACUAGAAUUUUUUUUAUUGAAACAUGCCAAAUGUAAGCUGACUUGUGUAGUCAAAUACACUUGUCAUUUACCCAAAAUAGCUAGUCGGGGGAAACCGGACAGAACUAAAUGUGGAGCUUUUUCAUCCUUAAAGCAUUGAUUUAUGAUCAUGAAGUUGAUUUUUUUUUUGAACAGAUAUUACUGGUACAAAUACAUUUUAAUAUAGCAUCCUGUAUUGCUUAUGAAAGAUAAUUAUGGCAUGAACAUUCUGUGAUUUAUCUAAAAUCCGUGGUAAGUACUAACUACACAAAGUGUGUAUGGAUAGCAUGACCAUCACUUAUUUUGUAAAAGAUAAAUUAGAAAAUAAAUAUAUACUCAACAAA